CCUUCUCGCGAGACUCCGGGGCAGUGAGAGAGAGAGAGGGGAGGCUGCCUGAAUGAUCUCAUCCCUCCAGCAGCUGCAUAGCGCAGCGAGGUUUACCCGUAACUUUGUAUCAAACUUCCAAGUUGCCUUUCGGAGGAAGACGCCGAGGCAUUUUCGGUUUGAACCGAACCGAGCACGUUUCCCGCGAAGGGUUGUAUGACGAAAAAUGCCAUGUGGCCGUGUCAAUGCAGUUGGGGAAGCAAUAUGCAAGCUUGAGUGCUGAAGAGUUGGGUUUGCCCUGUCACUUUUUCUGCGUCUUCACUUGUUGAUCCAGACAAUCAAUCUGCUCAUGAAGUCAGGGAGCAGCAUUCCAUCCCAGAGGCAGCCAUGUCUACCUGCUAAGUGCCUUUAGCCUUUGGCACUGGUGUCAUGACCAGCCUGAAGCGCCCACCCAUGGAGCGCACUGUCGGGGGUACCAUCCCAGCCACUGAUGAGUUUUACACCCGCCACCUCCGUAUGGUCAAUGGAGGGGGUGUGCCAACCCGCACAGACAAUGUCCAUGCCACUGUGAGCACAGGAGUGCCUAAAAUGGGUGUACGGGCUCGGGUGGCUGACUGGCCACCGAGGAAAGACAUUACAGGGGCUCUGUGGCACUCAUCGACAGAGCCAGAGAACUCUGGUGUGCCCUCUGCUGGAAAAAGUCACAUUAAGUUAGGCUCUAUUCUGAGCCCUCAGGACUCAUCAAUGCUGCGUAACAUCCACAACACUUUGAAGAAUCGCACCCAAGCCCAGGCAAACAAUUACAGCCCUGACACCCGUUACCUGGCCCCGGGAGACUACAGAGGUCCUGCACAUAGAAACCCACGGCAGAGACGCAUCCGUCAGCGCAGCAACAGUGAUAUGACUAUCAGUGAGAUGGAAGGCAGUGGGGACAGCGGGGAGGACUGGGGUCCAUCAUCGGCAGCUAAAUGGUCCCCUCUUCACCGUGAAUAUGGUAGCACCUCCUCAAUAGAUCAGCACGGAGCAUCUGGUGAAAGCUUCUUUGAAAUGCUCAAGGUCUAUCAGGGGGAUAAAGUUGACCAGCGUAGCCCCGCUCCAGAGAAACUGGAGGACAUGCUGAAUGUUGGGCCACAGCAGGCCAUCAUUGAUCUUCAGGAGGACGCAGAUAGCCAGCCUCCUAAAACCAAGGACAGAGACAAGCCCCCAAAAAGACGCACUAAAUCAGAGACAGGGGGUGAGUCUAUAUUCCGCAAACUUAGGAAUGUACGGGGUGAGUUGGACUCCCCCAGAGCAGGGUCUGAUGCAGAGGACAGCCGGACAGAGGACACGGGCCCCCCUCUUAAGCCCUGGGUGUGUCAGAGAGGAUUUGCCCACUACGAUGUUCAGAGCAUGUUGUUCGACCUCAACGAAAUUACUCAGUUGCGGCAGACUGCAGGCAAGAGGAAAAACACCACCACUGGGGCUUCUGCCGCCGCUGUAGCCUCAGCUACCUCCACCCUCUCUUCCACCCACAGCCUGCCUUACAGCUCCCCAAGCAGCAGCCAGGAAGAGCUCAGUUCUAGGGACAGUCCCAGUCUGGAAGCAGGUGACGAACAGAGCAAUGAAAUGCUGCUGAGUUGCCCGUGCUUCCGCAACGAGAUAGGCGCUGAUGGCAACGGAAGGCGCAGAUUGGGAGCAGGCGGGGCGGGGUAUCACGGGCUUGUGGGUGGUGGAACAAGUAACAGUGGUUCAGGGACACUGAGUGGGGAGGGAAACUUGUAUGAAACAUCUGUGAGCACGCACUGCACAAAUGCUGGAGUAGCAGUGCUCGAGGGACCAAAGGAAGGCCCCAGCACACUCAGCGAAAAGGGCAAACAAUACAUCGUGGAGCACGUGGACUUAGGAGCCUACUACUACAGGAAGUUCUUCUACCUUAGAGAGCACUGGAACUACUUCGGCAUAGACGAGGCACUCGGUCCAGUGGCGGUGAGCUUGCGCAGGGAGAAGCUCGAGGAGGACAAGGAGCAUGGCCAGCAGUAUAACUACCGCCUCAUCUUCAGAACCAGCGAGCUGACAACUCUGCGAGGUUCUAUCCUGGAGGAUGCAGUGCCUUCCACCUCUAAGCACGGCACCACCCGAGGGCUGCCCAUCAAAGAGGUAUUAGAGUACCUUCUCCCUGAGCUGGAUCUGUCCUGCCUCAGACUGGCCCUCAACACACCCAAAGUCACAGAACAGCUGAUGAAACUGGAUGAACAAGGGCUGAGUUUUCAGGUGAAGGUGGGGGUGAUGUACUGCAGAGCAGGCCAGAGCACAGAGGAGGAGAUGUACAACAAUGAGACAGCCGGUCCUGCCCUGGAAGAGUUCCUCCAACUGCUGGGGGAGAAGGUUCGCCUCAAGGGCUUCACCAAGUACAGAGCCCAGCUGGAUACCAAAACGGAUUCCACAGGCACUCACUCCCUGUACACUUCCUACAAGGACUAUGAGAUCAUGUUCCAUGUGUCGACUCUGCUGCCUUACACACCCAACAACAAACAACAGUUGCUGAGGAAGCGCCACAUUGGGAAUGACAUUGUGACUAUAGUGUUCCAGGAGCCCGGUGCUCACCCCUUCACCCCCAAGGCCAUUCGCUCUCACUUUCAACAUGUCUUCAUCAUCGUCCGGGUGCACAACCCCUGCUCCGACAACACAUGCUACAGUGUGGCUGUUACUCGUUCCCAGGACGUUCCCUCCUUCGGCCCCCCAAUCCCAAAGGGCGUGACCUUCCCCAAGUCCACUGUCUUCAGGGACUUCCUGUUGGCCAAAGUCAUCAACGCUGAGAACGCUGCCCACAAGUCAGAUAAGUUUGGUGCCAUGGCAACACGCACCCGGCAGGAGUACCUGCGGGACUUGGCGGAGCGUCAUGUGACCAGCACCCCAGUAGAACCCACUGGGAAGUUCCCCUUCAUCUCUCUGGCACACAAACGACGGGAGAAGGUGCGUCCAUACAGUGGAGCGGAGCUUCGGAGUCUGGGGGCGGUGACCUGGCAGGUGCACGCUGAAGAUCAGGUAGCCGGCGCGGAGCGUGAGUGCUUAUUGGCCAUUUCCAAUGACUUCAUCAUCCUAUUGGAUCAGGAGGCCAAAGCGGUCGUGUUUAACUGUGCCACACGUGAUGUGAUUGGUUGGUCAACGGGGAGCCCCGCCUCCAUGAAGAUCUACUAUGAGCGUGGGGAGAGUGUGUCACUGCGUUCCAUCAAUAACAACACAGAAGACUUUGGCGAGGUUGUCAAAAGACUGGAGCUGUUGACCAAGGGUAGUCAGACCACAGAGAUGACCCUGCGCCGUAAUGCUUUAGGCCAACUGGGCUUUCAUGUAAACUUUGAGGGCAUCGUAGCGGAGGUGGAGCCCUACGGUUACGCCUGGCAGGCUGGGCUCAGGCAGGGCAGCCGACUGGUGGAGAUUUGCAAGGUGGCGGUGGCCUCACUGUCUCAUGAGCAGAUGAUCGACCUGCUCCGGACCUCUGUCACUGUGAAGGUGGUCAUCAUUCCUCCACAUGAGGACUCCACACCACGGAGAGGCUGCUCAGAAAUUUACCACAUGCCACUGGUUGACUACAAGAACCACAAGGAGGGCAUGCCCUAUGAGUUAAAGUUCCCCUUCCGCCCCACCAACAACAACACCAAGUGGCCACGUACCUCAUCCAGCCCUCAAACACGCGCUGCUGGCACAGGGGGAACACUGAUCAAGGCCCCGCCCUCAGACUUUAGUGACCGUAACUCUGCCGCUAUUCCUCGAAGUGUGUCCAGCGACGGCCGGCCCCUCAACCCCAAAAGAUAUUCCCCGGGAACUGACAACUACGCUCUGGCCUGCUCCAUCGUCAUGGGACGAACAAUGCACAACACAAACUCCCCUUCCAGCCUCUCAUACACAGACACCAUGAGCUCGAGCCACUGGAGACAGAAAUCUAUGCCUGAUGGGUUUAAUAACAACUGCCAGUCCCCCGUGACAUCUGUGCGGCAGGUAGCAGGUGACGGGAUCAAUGGGAUCAAAGUGUGCUCUAGCACUGGAGUCGGAUGGUCCCGACCUGGGGAGGGUGACGCAGCCAGCAGACUGGGGGACAAAACCAAUCCAGACACUGUGGUUUCCAAGGUGGUGAUUCCUCGACUGCAGCCAGCAGAGCAGAGCAGCCACAUGUCUCCCAACAAAAGCACUAAGGUGGAUGCUCCAUAUUCGUCCAGCCAGUCAAGCAGCAACACACUCUCAAGCAAUGCCUCCAGCUCUGCCCACAGUGAUGACAAAUGUACCUUCAGGGCUGCCUCCACCGAUAGUGGCAUUGAUGCCACCUCCUUCACUGCCACCCAAAGCAGCACUGCUUCCUCCACAGGCGCCUUCAGGGCCAAAGACAAAAUCCCGUGGCAGGACGACCCAGCGGGCAGCCAGAGAGCCGCCGACGCUUCACCUCCGACGCCAGACUCCCUCGUUGCCGUCGGCAGCAGUGAGAUCCCAGCGAAGAGCCCGACAGCCUUUCCACUAGUUCCUGAUAGUGGCUCAUACAGCCUGAGUGAUGCCACCUCCCACUCCAGCACUCUAAGCUCUGGCCAUUCAGGCAGUCCGAUGGGUCAGGGCUGCAGCCCCGUGUCACUACAGGAUGAGACGGCUGCGGCAGCCACUUCGCCCACAUCCCAGAACUCCCAGUCUCCGGGGACCAAGAGUUUCUAUCCCCGUCAAGGAGCGACCUCAAAGUACCUGAUUGGCUGGAGGAAACCUGGGGGAACUGUCAACUCUGUGGACUUUGGCAGCACUCGCAAACGGCACCAGAGUGACGGUCUCCUGGGUGGUCAGCCACAGCUCAGGGCCAAUCUCCGGGGUGCCCAGUCACCCCAGCGGCACACUGCCAAGUCCAGCCUGGAAGAAGAUUUGAAGAAGCUCAUCACACUUGACAGCCCUCCACCCACUACAAGUGAAGAGAAGCCACUGUUUCCGGGCCCGCCGCCCAGUCGUCGCUCCCUCCAGAGGACUCUGUCAGAUGAGAGUAUCUACAGCGGGCAGAGGGAGCCGUCCUCCAGUGGACAACGUGACACGCCUACUGACCUUCUGUUCAGCUGCUCCACCAUGCCACGCUCACCCACUACUCGACAAGGUCCAAGCCGGCGAGCGUCACACAAAUCCCUGGGAGACCUGUCAGCCCCAGAGAGCUCAGAGCUGGAGCAGGAGAAGAGGCAGCAGCUGCAGGAUCCUGUCCUCAUGCCCCUGCCUGACACCGGGGCAGAUGGCCCGCUGGACUGGGCCCACCUGGUAGAUGCUGCCAAGGCCUUUGAGGAGCAGAGGUUGGUCUUCCUAGCAGCUCAAGAAGAGAGCUCCAUGGCGGAAAAUGCAGCAGCCACCAGCCCCCAGCAGGCUGAGCCUCAGGCAGCCCCGCUGAGACAACCCUCGCCUGGGGAGACUCCAGCCUGUCUGAUGGGGAAGGUCAGCCAGCUGGAGUCAAUGGUGAAAGUGCUACAGGAAGACCUGAAAAAGGAGAAGGACGCCAAGGCGUCACUGCAGGCUCAGAUCCAGAGCCUGCGAGAGGACAACCAGCGUCUCCUGGAGGAGUCCUACAGCGCCUCAGCCAAGCUGAAGAAGUUCACUGAGUGGGUCUUCAACACCAUCGACAUGAACUGAUGCUGCUGACAGCUCUUUAUUAGGAGUUUGACCACUACUCAAGCUGAUCUUAAACUUGGUUGUUCAGUACUGUGCACACUCUGUGGUCCUUGAAGGAUCAUCUAAAAACUGUUUAUAUAAAACUUGCGACAUGAACUGUUUCUCUUGGGCUUUUACAAACCAGUGCCAACGUGGACUUACAUGCCAUCCUUCUUCAACCUCAUGUAUCUGUGGUAUAAUCACCAUGAAAGACAAAGAAUCAUUACAAAAAGGACAGAUGAAUACAGAAAAGAGCAGUGGUGUAACUGUGUGACAGUUUUGAUCAGCAUGCACUCCCUUCCUCAAGAUUUUGCAGAAAUGAUACAAUGCUUUGUGUCCCACCUAAUGGAUUGUUGGUAUCCCUGCAUGCCAGAGAGAGCGAGAUGUUGAAACUAACCUUAAGGGAUUUAAAAUUACUGUCCCCAUUUAGCUCUCCAGCUAACCUAAUUACAAGUGAACAGAUUUACAAUUAAAAAGCUCCAACGUAAUUUCAAGUUUGUUCAUCUCAUGCAACGGUUGGUGAAAAUAGCCCUGUAUUCCCCUGAUAAAGGUUGACACUUUCUAAGAAUUAAGUGACAGUGUGUUGUAAAUGAAUUGCUGUUUAGAGAUUUUCCAAUUUUCACAAUUCAGUAACAACAGCACUGACUUCUUUUUUUUAUUAUUACUAACCAAAAGUAAAGAAGCUAUGUAAGACACUAUGCUUUUACUGUAGCAGUGUGGGUAGGUAGACACAGACAGAGAGACCCUUUUGCAUAGCACAUACUGUAAACACUGUAAGGUCAAGUGCCUGUCUGUAUUGCCUAUGUAAUAAGAUUGUACAAGUGUUUCAAAUGUAUGAUUUCUAGAGGGUUAAAAGCAAGUAAAACUUGUACAGGACUACUGGUCUCAAGCUGAUGAGAAGAAUAUAUAUUGUAAAAACAGAAUAAUAUGGGUGCCAUAAAUAUAGAAAUUUAUAGUUCAGUGUCACUUAUUCAGAUUAUUGUAAAUAUAUGAUGUUAACAGUUAUUUUCUCACUCCUUCCCUUGAUAUGAUACUUUAUGUAAAGAGUAUGACAAAGACAGUGGCCAAGAAAAGAAAAACAGCCAUAUGCAGUUAGAGAUCUGCAUGUACUUAUCAUGGUCGACCUUCUUUAUAAGAGAAUAUAUAUCCUUUAACUCAAAACAAAGGUUCCAACCGGAGAAGGCAAGCUUUUGACCCAAAAUACUAUUAUUCUUAAGUCCUUCUAGUUUAUUUCUGGAAAGGUUGGAAAUAGACAGUGCCACCUAGUGUUUGACAACAUGUAAAAUGCUACAUGGAAUUGACCCCCUCCUCCAUCCAUAGCAUGCUAAAGGCCUCAAUCUGAUCCUUAACUCUCUCAAUAGAUUAAAUCGGUACUGUUCAAUAUAUGAUUACAUAGUAAGAUAUUGUGUAAAUCCCAAAAUUACAGCUACAGUUUUCUGUACUGUGUAAAUCUGUUUGUAAGUCCAACCUGAAUUUGGUUUGUACACGACCUGACAAAAGUCCUUAUUUAAGCCUCAUACUGUAACUGUUUCCUUUUGUACUCAGAUACUGUGCAACUGUAUAUAAGGAGAUUUGAUAUUCAUCAGAAUUUGCACCUUCAUUCUUAUUUUUUAAGAUUAUUUUUGAUGUAUUUCUGCUUUAUUGGCUUGGAUAUAACUGGAGAGUGACAGGAGAAAUAUGAUAGAGAUAAACAGGGGGAUAAGAGAAGGACAAAGACCAUGAGCCGGACUCAGUUGAAAAGAGUCCCAGGCCCCUUAGCACAGCAGAUCGUCCCUGCACCUUCAUUCUUAACAUGUGUGACAGCAUGUGAUUCUGUUUCCAUUGAGCUGUGAUGUGUACAAAUGUUUAUAUCUAUUAAAGAUAUUUUGUUGAAUUACA